AGGGACGAGGCAUCCGCACCCGGAAGUUCCCGCGGCGCUCUUCCGGCCGCCGCUUGUUUUCUGGGGGCCUAUUGGGCGCCCCCGCCGACCCGGAAGAGAAGAGGGGUGGCGAUGGCCGACUACGAGGCGGUGCAGUCCGGCCCUCUGCGCAUCAAGGGCGGCGGCGUCGCAGCGCCAGGCAAGCGGAAGAAGAAAAAAGACAAAGAUAAAGCCAAAAUCGUAGAUCAGACUGUGAGCAGCAAAAACCAGGAGGAGGAGAGGAAACGGACUCUGGACAAGCGGACUCCAGCACAGCUGGCUUAUGAGAAGACGCAGGAGAAGCGGCAAAUGGAACGGAUUUUGAAGAAAGCCUCCAAGACCCACAAACAGCGAGUUGAGGACUUUAACAGGCAUCUGGACACUCUGACAGAACAUUAUGACAUCCCCAAAGUCAGCUGGACUAAAUGAGGAGGAUCUUUCUUCUGGUUUCUGGAGGUUGUGAAAAGAUGCAGAAAAGCCAGCUGCUGUCUUUGUGGCCAGAUAUUCUCCUUGGCUUGCUCUGAAUUACUUGGCAUGAUCUCAUGGAAUUUUAAAAGAGACGUAAUGUCUGUGGUCUACAUAAAGUCUGAGGUGAAACUUAAGACAUCCAGAACUACACUUUUUCUUCAUAGCUGUGUUCUUAAUGUGUCCAAGUGCUGCCGUCUUUAGAUACUUCGUGUUUGGCUUUUGCUGAAUUAUUGCUUUUUGGGAACAAUGGAAGAUGAUUAAAUAAAUGUUGGUUCUUUGUCUCAGUCUCAA